AUGUCUUUAAACCAAGAAUACCAGAAAGAACUAAAGUUGGCUAAGUUUGCAGAUGAAUAAUUACUAAAAACUAAAUUCAUAACUAAAUUGAGAAAACCGUCAAUGAAACAUGAUCAUGAUAGCAUGAUACAAAAUAGUAUUUUUUUUGAAUAAAUUUAAGUUUUUAAGCUAGAUGGAUAAUUUAUAGAAAAGAAUUUAAAAUGUAGAUUAUGUUAAGAUUAUUUUCAAAAAUUUACAAUAACAUUUUGUGGACAUUCAUUUUGUUAUUUAUGUCUUUUUGAGCAUUUAUUAAAAAGUCACGUAUUUAUUUGUCUUAGAUUUUAGAAAUGCCCUUGUUGUUUUACUAAAAUUAAAGGACUUUAAUUUGUGUAUUGUAAAACUAUAGAUGGUUUUAUAUAGUCUUAAGUAAUUGUAUCUUCUUAAAAACAUAUUGAUAACUAUCAUUCUCGUAAAAAUGUAUUAAAAGAAUGGAAAGCAAAAAAGAAAAUUAAGAAUUUUAAUAUAGGAGAUUCAUUAGAUGUUUUGGAUUCUGAACAUAUUUGGUGUGUAGGUAAAAUCUUAAAAAUCAAAUAAAAAAAAAGAAAUUAAAUUUUAAUUCAUUAUUAAGGUUAGAACAAAAUAUAUGAUGAAUAUAUAUCAAUUAAUUCACCUAGAUUAUCUACUUUAGGAUUGUUUACAAAUAGAAAAGGUAUAAAUAUGAUAUUUAUAAUAGACAUUUUAUUAUAUUAACCAAGUCUAAAUGAAGAGUUGUUAUAAAUUUACUUAAGAUAUCUGGAAUAAUUAUAAAACAAUGAGACAAGUUUUAUAGACUAUUUAAUUUCGUAAAGAUAAAAUUAAAAUCAAAAUUUAAUCUUCGCUUUUUAGUCAAAUGGCAGAAAUACUAUAUCUAAUUUGUUCUCAUUAAUAAUAUAUAAUAAUUAAACGAUCAAUGAUUCAUUUUGA